CUCGUCAAGCCUAGCAGCAGGUUUCCUGUACUCCUGUUUUCACUCUAGUCCCUGUUUUCUAUUUUUCCCUGUUUUGACCUUUCAGACUGCCCUGGGCCUGCCUGACGUUCUCUACCUUGUGACACUGCCCGCGAUUACUGACCUCUGCCUGCCUGGACCUGUUGCUGUUUGGGGGGAUUGGUAUAGCUUACUGCACUCACUGCACGCACAAUCAACAGAGACAUUCACAUUCAAACCAUGAGUGAUCCCACAAUGGAGAUCGGUGACAUGAUUGAGAUCAAAAGAGAUGCAUUCAAACACUGGGCUCUGUACAUUGGAAAUGGAGAGGUCAUCCAUUUGGUAGUUCCAGAUGGGCGUUCAAGCGCUGUUUUCUCCAGCUCAUCCAGUCUUUCCAGUAAAGGCACGAUUACAAUGGAGACAUUAAAGGAUGUGGCAGCAGGGAGUACUUACAAAAUCCACAACUACUUGGAUAACAAGUACACUCCAAGGCCAACUGACGUCAUUAUGGGGGAUGUGGACAAAAUGAGAGGCCGCACAAUACCAUAUGACCUCCUUGGAAACAACUGCGAGCAUUUUGUUACUUUCCUCCGUUAUGGCAAAUCAGAGUCCAAACAGGCAGAUGACGCCCUAAAGAAUGUGUUAGCUGGUACUGCAGGCCUGCUUGGUGAACUGACUGCUGUUGGAGUUGCUGCAGCUGCUUCAACAAACACACUCAGUAAAUAAUUUAUUGGGUCUCAUGAGUCCAUGGAGAAUCUCAGUGAUGCAAAAUGUUGUUUCUAGCCUAAUGAAUAAAGGACCAUCUCAAAGACCAA